UGGGGCUGGACUUUCCCUUCCAUGCUGCCAGGCGGUGGGCUGCAGCCGUGGGCGCGCAGUCGCCUCGGAGGAAACCUAGAUUUGGGUCUAAGGGCCGUACGGGGUAGCCGGGGUGACCGGAAGUGAUAUUGGGACUGACCGGAAGCGAGCCUUCCGCUGUUGGGCAGCAUCACGCCCCCCGCCUUUGUACAAGCAACGGUGUCUCUCGGGGCAAGGAAGGAGCCAGGAUGGCCUGGGCUCUGAAGCUGCCCCUGGCGGAUGAAGUGAUUGAAUCCGGACUGGUGCAGGACUUUGAUGCCAGUCUCUCCGGGAUCGGCCAGGAACUCGGUGCUGGUGCUUAUAGCAUGAGUGAUGUCCUUGCAUUGCCCAUUUUUAAACAAGAAGAGUCCAGUUUGCCGCCUGAUAACGAGAACAAAAUCCUGCCUUUUCAAUAUGUGCUGUGUGCUGCCACCUCCCCAGCAGUGAAGCUCCACGAUGAAACCCUGACGUACCUCAACCAAGGACAGUCAUAUGAAAUUCGAAUGCUCGACAAUAGGAAGCUUGGAGAACUUCCAGAAAUCAAUGGCAAGUUGGUGAAGAGUACUUUCCGAGUUGUGUUCCACGACAGACGGCUGCAGUACACGGAACACCAGCAGCUGGAGGGCUGGAGGUGGAACCGACCUGGAGAUCGCAUUCUCGACAUAGAUAUCCCAAUGUCCGUGGGCAUAAUCGACCCUCGCGCGAACCCAACCCAGCUGAACACGGUGGAGUUCCUAUGGGACCCUGCAAAGAGGACCUCUGUGUUUAUCCAGGUGCACUGUAUUAGCACGGAGUUCACCAUGCGGAAGCACGGGGGAGAGAAGGGCGUGCCGUUCCGCGUCCAAAUCGACACCUUCAAGGAGAACGAGAACGGGGAGUAUGCGGAGCACCUGCACUCGGCCAGCUGCCAGAUCAAGGUCUUCAAGCCCAAAGGUGCAGACAGAAAGCAGAAAACUGAUAGGGAGAAAAUGGAAAAACGAACACCUCACGAGAAAGAGAAAUAUCAACCUUCCUAUGAGACAACUAUACUCACCGAGUGUUCCCCGUGGCCUGAGAUCACCUACGUCAACAAUUCCCCAUCACCUGGUUUCAACAGUUCCCAUAGCAGUUUUUCUCUGGGGGAAGGUAAUGGCUCACCAAACCACCAGCCCGAGCCGCCCCCUCCAGUUACAGACAACCUCUUGCCGACAACCACGCCUCAGGAAGCUCAGCAGUGGUUGCACCGAAACCGGUUUUCUACUUUCACAAGGCUUUUCACAAACUUCUCAGGGGCGGAUUUAUUGAAACUAACUAGAGAUGAUGUGAUCCAAAUCUGUGGCCCUGCAGAUGGAAUCAGACUUUUCAAUGCAUUAAAAGGCCGCAUGGUUCGCCCGAGAUUGACCAUUUACGUUUGUCAGGAGUCCUUGCAGCUGCAGGAGCAGCAGCACCAACAGCGAAAGCAGGAAGAUGGAGACUCAAAUGGUACCUUCUUCGUGUACCAUGCCAUCUAUCUCGAAGAGUUGACGGCCGUGGAGCUGACAGAAAAAAUUGCUCAGCUGUUCAGCAUCUCCCCUCAGCAGAUCAGCCAGAUCUACAAGCAGGGACCCACUGGGAUCCACGUGCUCAUCAGCGAUGAGAUGAUUCAGAACUUUCAGGAAGAAGCCUGUUUUAUUCUGGACACAAUGAAAGCGGAAACCAACGAUAGCUAUCAUAUCAUACUGAAAUAGGAACGAGGCAUUCCGUACUGCUGCUGCUGCUGCCUUCGCCUCUUGGAAAGCUGCCCCUUGCCAAGGGGUGUGAGUGGAGAGCUGAAGGCCCACCGGAACCUGACCUCUGGCCUUGGGGGUGGGGUGGGCAGUGUCUGGGCCCUGGAGUUGGAGCCCAGCGCUCUGGGUUGACCCCAGCUCCAAGGCCCACACAGAUGACUGCUACGACUGGCCCACGGGCAGGGCAGGUCCCACAGCUCUUCCUUAGUUACCCUGUCUGGCCCCUUUGUUGUUGAGCACCGAUAGAAACUCCACCGCUCAGAGAGUGUGCGUAGGGCGUCUCGUGGUGGACGCUGUGGAACGUCUGAAGGGAAGGUGUUACAUUUGUGAUAUGGAGCCCUGGAAUUUUUUUCUAAUAUAAAAAUGGACAUCUAUAUUCAUAA